CCCGAAUGCCCUUGAGGCCGAAGGUUGGAGUGGGGAAGACGUUGACGCCCUCUGCUUAUCUCACCUCAACCCACUGUCUCUUCCUUUGUCUAGGAUAUUCCUGCCGCUAUGCCUUCGCCCAAUACGCAUGUUCCGGCCUCGCCUCCGCCCGUGCACCCAUUCAGCAAUUCAAAGGGCCUUCUAGUGGUCAUCCCUGACCGGAUAGACAUCGAGGAAGAAGCCCGGAUGUACGAGGAUCUGACAGAGGAUCCGGGACAGCCGAGCUGGCAGCCUACGCCAAAGUCCCCGAGCGUGAAUGGAGCCCCAUCGAUGUUCUCGAACGACAUAUGGCUAGGCGACAACAUCGGAGAAAGCCUUGCGUUUGCUCGCAAGGUCGAGAUCAGUGGGUGGACAAGUGUAGGAGACAAGCUUGGAGGGGCCUAUGUUGUGUACGACUGUGUCAUCAAAACCAAAGAGGGUACCACUAUCCAUGCACAUAAGCGCUACAGCGCGUUCGAACAGCUGUACCUGGCCUUGCGCCGAUACCUCCCCAAUCAUCAACAACACUUCAUUCCUCCACUUCCGCCCAAAUCUCCUUUCGCUAAGUACCGCCCCGCGUUCCUCGAUCAACGCCGGCGACAACUCCAGUACUGGCUCUCUUCUAUCCUUCUCCAUCCCGAGAUAGGCGGUAGUCAGCCUGUACGGUACUGGGUCAUGGACUAGUUUCUCGUUUGUCUCAGUCACUCUUUUACUGUUUCUUGUCUGGUCUCUUUGCUUGUUCUCCGCUUUGAUCUCACCUUUGCUCGCUCGCUCGUUCAUGUUUUGGUCUCUCGGUUUUCUUCUUUCAUCUUAGUGGUAAAUAACUAAAUAUGUUUUUAACAGACAGCAGAACUGUCCUUUUAUUGGUAUAGCACACCAGAGCUGGGUCUCACUUGCCGUAUAUACAAUACCGGUACAUAAUUGCCCACCGCUGGGUGCUGACAUUAGUACUCC